CCAUUCAAAAGUACACUGCGGUAUUACAAAAAAAUCUACUCAAAACGUCAUCCGGCUCACUUCUCAGGGCUCCUGGGAGAACUUUCCCAAUGUGAAGAGCUCAUUCUUCAGCUAGCAAGCAUAAAGUGCUUAUUGUGGCCAAACAACUGGAACUAUGGCUUGGGUGGCCUCGUGGACGGUGUUUUGAGGGAAUACAUUUCAGUCCCAGCUCAGGCUGUCGUGAAAACAGCUAAAAGCUGA